CCCUACCGCCCCCCAACCAGCACCUUCCCCCGUGGUGCCCCCCACCUAUCCGAGGUGGCGACGCCGCAGCUGAUGGAACCUCGGCCGGGCGUGAGGAUUUAACCUUCCGAGGGGACCCCGACUAGCGGAUAUCCCCCUGUCCCGUACCCCCCCCCACUACCCAGCCCCCCCCCCUCCCCUAUCUUCUACCUCCCAUCAAACCCCUCCCCUACCCCCCCCCCUCUCCCCCCACUCCCCUCCUCGUGAGGCCACCACCUUGCGCAGCGAUUUGGAGGCGAUUAGAGGCGAUUAGAGGCGCCGGCGACGCUGCGAGGAUGAUGGACGCGGGGCCCCCCCCCGUGCUGAGAGGCGGCACCGCAGACGAGCACGACGUGGAGAAGCUGCAGACGGGCAAGGGUGGUGUUGGUGGUGGUGACGACUUGGGGGGGGUGGUCGGAGCGGGUCCCGGUGGCCACGGGGUUGCGCCUCCCGCCGCCUCCGGCGGCGGCGUCGAGGACCCGUCCAAGAAGAAGCGACAGCGGCGGCAGCGGACGCACUUCACGUCGCAGCAGCUGCAGGAGCUGGAGGCGACCUUCCAGCGCAACCGCUACCCGGACAUGUCCACGCGGGAGGAGAUCGCGGUGUGGACCAACCUCACCGAGGCGCGCGUGCGGAUCUGGUUCAAGAACCGCCGCGCCAAGUGGCGCAAGCGCGAGCGCAACCAGCAGGCGGAGCUGUGCAAGAACGGCUUCGGGGCGCAGUUCAGCGGCUUCAUGCAGCCCUACGAAGACGUCUACUCAGCCGCCAGCUACGGCUACAACAACUGGGCCAAGGCGCUGCAGCCCUCGGCGGCGCCGCUCUCAAAGAACUUUCCCUUCUUCAACUCGGUCUCGCCGCCGGUCUUCUCGCCGCCCUGCACCACGGGCAUGGCCGCGGCCGCCGCCGUCGCCUCCUCGUCCAUGAUGCCCCAGCACCACCCGGGCAUCGGCAACCUGAGCGCCUCGCCCGUGGCCACGAGCCCCGCGUCGGGAGCCAGCGGCUGCCCGUACGCGGUGGCGGCUCACGCGGCCGGGGCCCCCGCGCCGCCCUACGUGUACCGGGGCGACCCCUGCAACUCGAGCCUCGCCAGCCUGAGGCUCAAGGCCAAGCAGCACCACUCCAGCUUCGCCGGGUACGCGGGGCUGCAGGCGCCGCCGUCCAAUUUCAGCGCGUGCCAGUACGCCGUGGACCGGCCCGUCUAGCGUGCUCGCCGUGGUCCUCGGUGGGCGCGGGGGCUCUGGGGAGAGGGGGGUCUUAGGGGGGGGGGGCUCUGGGGGAGGGGGGGGGCUGCUCACCCCCGGUCGGUUGGAGGCGCUGACCGAACGUCGCCGAUCUGUGCGAGGCAAGCCACGCUGGUGGCGAUGUGGCCCUACCGCUGCCCCCUUCUCCAUCCCCUCCCCCACCCCUCUCCUCCACCGAAUCCCCGCGAUGAUCAUCGUCGCCUACGACCACAACCACUACCACCAACAACAACAACAACCACCACCACCACCACCCACCGUCCCAUUGGGCCCUCCUCCUUCUUGACUCGGCGCAAGGAGUGGGGAGACAAAGAAGGGCGAGGCGGCUCGCUCACGUCCUCACGCACCCGAUGCCUCGCUCAGCCAAGCGCCUUCGCUCGCACUACAGCUCGCACGAACGCCGUCACUCGGCACGCUUGGUCGAGCUCAUCGACUCACUCAACAACUUUCACUCAACAACUCUCAACAACUCUCACUCAACAACUCUCACUCAACAACUUUCACUCAACAACUCUCACUCAACAACUCUCACUCACUCAACAACUCUCACUC